GUUGAGACAUUCUCCGCGGACGGUAAGAAGCUUCCCCGCGGGAGUCCGGGGGGGCCAUGGCGGGCAGUUGGAGCCCACUUUGGCGGUGGCCUGUGAUGUGCCUGGCAGUCGCCGCGUUUUGGCCAUCAAAGGCAUUCUUGACACCCAGGCAACUGAGUCGCUCCUCCAAAGCCACGCACGUGGCAGUUUCCAGCAAGCCUCUGCCAUCGACGGCGCAGGACCUCAGCUCUCGUGGACUCAGUCUGGGACUUGCGCUGGCGGCUGUGGCGAUGGCUCGCAAAGGCCUUCGGCCCAGUCCUGCGCCCCGUGCCAGAUGUGUUGCAUUGUGCGCCACGGCUACGAAGAAGGACGCCUCGCAGGAACUGGCCAAGAAGUCCGAGGUGCCCGCGGAUCUCGACUGGAGCCAAGUCUCAUCUCAGUGGGAGGUUGAUUGUUUCAGCCGGCCCAUCAUGCGCGAUGGCAAGAAGAUGUGGGAGCUUAUGGUCACCGAUGCCAACGGCGUGUACCGCAGAGUAGCGCAGAUGAAGCCAACCCGAGUCAACUCCGUGGUGGUGCAAAAGCUGAUGACCAUCUUCAUCGAGGAGUCCAAGGUCAAGCCGCAGUCGAUCCGCUUCUUCCGCAAAGUCAUGAAGAACAUGCUCAUUGUGGCUCUCAAUGCUGUGAAGGACAGCUUGCCACAGUACAUGGAGAAGUGCAAGGUCAUUCCAAGUCGAAACUGCCACAUGCUGCGGCUAUGGCUGUCUUAUCGAGAUCGCGAGGUGUAUCCCAAGAUGAUGGGAUAUUCGAAGCCCAUGAAGAAGAAAUCCACCAGCGUGCAGGCUUCGAUGGUGAAGAUGGCCUAUGAGAAGCUGCCCGAGAGAAUUCGCUUCACCCGCUACGCCAUCUCCGCGAUUCCCCUGGGCGCAUUGGCGCGGGUGAAGCCUGGGCAGCUACCCGGGCAGCUGGCACGCAUUCCCCCGGGUUUCAGCGACAACGCGCAGGUCUACGGCAUCUUGAUUCUUACGUCCAGAGCAGACAUCAUUUGCUCCACCCUGCGAUCGAUGGAGAUGUCUGCGGUGAGGGUUGAUCUGGAGACAGAUGAGUUGCUCAUGGAGCUGGACAUUGACACCACGUACAAGAUCGCCCCGAUCAACAAUGAGGAGAAAGAGGGUUUCUUGAAGUUCGAAAGGUCCAAGCGGCAGCUGGGUGGCCUCCACUUCGUGGCCGUGCACGACAUCGUCUCUGGGGGUGAGCCCCUCUUGCCGAUUGAGGCAGAUGACAUGGGCCCGGGGGAGGGCUGUGUCACCGGGUUGUGGACGCUCAUAGACUACACCAUGCAGGAGGAUGACUGAGAAGCUGGUGGCCGGAUCUUGAAGGGCAUUUUUGUCAUGGCGAGCCUGCCCAAAGAGCAAGACGGGCA